CAAUCUUCUGCAACUUACACACCACAAGCACAAGGUGGUUUUUCACAAUCUUCAGCAUUCCAAGCAGGUUUUAAUGGUGCAUCUCAAGGUGAUUUAUUCACUCAGGGUAGCAAUGGCUUUAACAGUAUACACAAACCAAAUGGUGAAAUUUACAAGCCUUCUGCCGGCUUAGGCAGCUUUACUAGCCCCACUGAUCUAUAUCAGCCAGCACCUCCUACUACCGGUUUUAGCCAAACCAGUGGAAGUUACCACAGUCAAAAUCCCAACUACUUCAAAAAAGAGUUACAGAAUAUUGGCGGCCUUACUGGAGCAGGCAAUUUCAAUGGCAUUAGUACAGGCUACGGUGAUGCUUCACAAUACCAAGGUGGAUAUGAUACUGCACGCCAACAAAUAGUCGACUGUCAGUGUGUACCAUUUGACCAGUGCCCUGCAGCUGACCGUAUUGGACGCAAAGAAGAUUUGAUUUUACCAAUCGAUCCACGCAACCUCGGCAAAGAUAUUGAAGCAUUAAGCGAUGAAGCCGCCGCAAAUAUUACAACUAACGCAAAUCCCACAAGCAAAGAUGACACCGCAACUAAAGAAGACAAAAAAGAUGAAAAUAAGAACCGUAAUAAACGUCAAACUGAUUCUGAUAACAAGCAAUCAGAUGAAAACUCCGACUUAGCUUUGGAUGCACAAGGGCGUCAGGGUCUACCUCCACUGCAAGCCUUUGAACUGAUAAAACGUAAAAUUUUACCAACCUAUGGUGUAUCCUUCGGUUUGCCUUAUCCAACUGGAUAUGGUUAUCCGGCUAAUGCAAUAGGUGGCUAUUAUCCUGCAAAAAAUCCACACUUUGGUGCCAUCGGUGUAAAUGGUGUGAAUUUAGGGUUAUUAAAUGUUAAUCCACUUCUAUCACUACAAGUAAGCAAAACUGAAUUCGGCGACAAGGUAGUUAAACCACUGGUUAACUUUCAUGUCACACCAAACGGCAACAUUUUACAAAAAGUGGGAAACUACUUCAAACCUAAACCACCAAUCGUACAUAAUAGUCACUAUCACCACCACGAUCAUUUUUCUGGUUAUGAUGAUUACAAUGGACCACAUAUUUCAAGUGGCCCGGGACCAAUUUCUCGUUAUCCAUCUACUGGUCCUCAAAUAAUUGAAGUCCCAAGUAAACCUGUAUAUGGAUAUACACCAUACAAUACACCAAAUCCACCACCAGAUCCUGUGCAAUAUGAAAGUCAUCUGCAAUAUGAGAGUUUUUCUCAACACAUAAACCCAUUUACUACCUCAACUACUACUACAACUACUACCGAACCAACUGGCAAUGGUUAUGGCUACUCAACGGACAGUAGUACCACCACAACAGACAGCAGCUCUGGAGAUCAAGAUUCAUAUGCAUCAAAUUAUAAUCGUAGAGGUCGUUUACUUAAUACUUAUCACCAAGUAACGACGCAAGCACCUGGCGAUGCGGAAGGAAGUGAGUAUAUAUCAUUCCCUAAAGAUCGUCGUAGAAGAAGUAUUGAAGAACAUGAGGAUGCAGCAGAGUUAAGAGAUAGUGUGUUGUCACGAGCAGUGAAAGCAGAUCAGCGCGCUUAUUAUGGUAACCGUCCAGUUGAGAAGACUUGCCGUGUUAAUGAAGUGUGUUGUCGUCGUCCUUUCCGUCCACCACAACAACAGCAAUUGGGUCGCUGUGGUGUACGUAAUGCUGCUGGCAUUACCGGACGUAUCAAAACACCAGUUUAUGUAGAUGGCGAUAGUGAAUUCGGCGAAUAUCCUUGGCAUGUUGCCAUUUUGAAAAAAGAUCCUAAAGAAUCAAUUUAUGCCUGUGGUGGUACAUUGAUUGACGCUCAACACGUUAUCACCGCUGCACAUUGCAUUAAAUCACAAAACGGUUUUGAUUUACGUGCACGUCUUGGUGAAUGGGAUGUUAACCAUGAUGUUGAAUUCUUCCCAUACAUUGAACGCGAUGUAGUGUCUGUGCACAUUCAUCCAGAAUACUACGCCGGUACCUUAGAUAAUGACUUGGCCGUACUUAAACUUGAUCAUCCAGUUGACUUUACGAAAAAUCCACAUAUUAGUCCCGCUUGUUUACCUGACAAAUUCUCUGAUUUUACUGGUGCACGUUGCUGGACCACUGGCUGGGGUAAAGAUGCCUUUGGUGAUCAUGGCAAAUAUCAAAAUAUUUUGAAGGAAGUUGAUGUGCCAAUACUCUCACAUCACCAAUGCGAAACACAAUUGCGUCAAACACGUCUCGGUUUUGGUUACAAACUUAAUCCUGGAUUCCUUUGUGCCGGUGGUGAAGAAGGCAAGGAUGCCUGCAAAGGUGACGGUGGUGGUCCUUUGGUAUGUGAACGAGGUGGUAUUUGGAACGUUGUUGGUGUAGUUUCUUGGGGUAUUGGCUGUGGUCAAGUUAAUGUACCUGGUGUAUAUGUGCGUGUAGCUCACUACUUGGACUGGAUUCAUCAAAUCACUCAAUACUACAAGUGAUCCACUAUCAAAAGUAAAAUUUGUUCUCAACGUGAUGUGUUCCAAUUUCACUUUA